AUGGAAUCAGUAGGGCAAAUAGAAAAUAAUAAUGAAAGCUACACAAAAAGUUGUUAUGAAGUAAGCUCAAUGAAGAUGAAUUUCUCAAAUAUUUCAAAGUUUGUAAGGCCAUCAGAAAAGUCUAAUUUUAGUAGUGAGAAAGUUUUAUGUAUGCAUGGAGUAAAUUUUAGCAAUAUUAAUAGUUAUAAGAUUAAUAUGAAUAAAUUACAAGUAAUGGAGAAAAUUAAAACAAAAAUUUCAGUUGUGGGUUUAGAUUUCAAAAUUCUUGACGAGCUGCAUAAGUUUUCUUUUCCUAUCCAACAACUUCUUGCUGAUGAAGUUUGCGCUGUGGAAAAAAGAAUUGAAAAUGAUAAAGCUGCACCAGGAUUAACAUCUCUUGACAGUUAUUGUUGGUUUCAUCUUCAAAAGAACUCAAGAUGUUUAUUAGAAAAUCGAAGAAAAGAUGAUGAUAAGCAAAUGGGUACAUUUAUCAGGGACUUAAAGUUCUGUUUAGAGCCUAUUUUAGACAAUGCGAAUAAGUGUAAUUAG